UCUCGAUAACUUCGUCAUGCGCAUGCGCGAUACUAUGAGGGUUAUAGAAGAUGUCAUUCGCCAGAAGACUGCUCAUAAGCGCCCCUAAAACAGCCUCAUUUCACCUUUUCAAAGUUCAGAGAGUUCCUCUCACCUCCACCAAAGAAGAGCCCCAACACCCCUCCAGCAGCAGCCCAGCUGAGAGCAUCCAUCUCAGUCAGUCCUGUGUCAAGAGGCUCGCUGAGAUUAUGGGAAAGGGAGAGUAUCUGAGGAUAGCAGUGGAGGGAGGCGGAUGUUCAGGAUUCCAGUAUAAGUUCUCAGUGGAUACUGUUAAAAAUGAAGACGACAGAGUGUUUGAAAAGAAUGGUGUUGGGAUAAUAGUUGACCAGGACAGUCUGGAGUUUGUGAAAGGAUCCACCAUCGACUUCAGUCAGGAGCUCAUCCGUUCUUCCUUCCAGGUGUUGAAGAACCCACAGGCUCAACACGGCUGCUCAUGCGGCUCGUCUUUCUCUGUCCAGAUCUGACACCCAUCUUCUUUCCAUCACACUGUUAUAGUUCAUGAAGUUGUUAGUGCAUGCAUAGCUAUGUGCUUAUAGAAGAUCAGCCAAAAGCAUGAUAACAAGCUAACGUUAGGGGUUCUGAUUUGUUCAAUCUAUUAAUAUGACCACAGAUGACAUAAUAGAAGAAAAACAAAAUUGUUGUAUAUAAGGAAGAGUGUAUAUAUAUUUCUAAUAAAGUUAUAAUAAAUGGUU